AGGCUUCAGGCAGUGGCAGCCGCGUGCUGCUUUUCUGGGCUGGGACCCCACAACACCGCGUAGAUAGUGGAACUCUCGGAGCGGGGUGCUGCUGGAGCUGGACCGGACGCGCAGCAGGGGCGGGGGCAGGGACAAAGGAACAGGUCGGGCUGGCGGGGCGAAUUCCUGACGACGGAGAACACAGAAGACAGGGGACAACUCGAACAGCUGCACUGGACUUCCCGCCAGGAGAAGAUCCUAGAGUUGGAAAACGUUAAGCAGUUUGUCCAAGGUCACGUGGCAAAUCCGUGGAGCCAGGGAUCUGAGACCAGAAGAGGACCCACUCCAGUAACCAAGCUGCACACCGACCUCAGCUGCCCUUUAGGAGGCUGACACCCAGCCACCAGCUGCUUCUCAAGGCCGGGCAGUGGGGAAGCGCCACUUUUCCUCCAUGAGCUCAGUCUGGACCUCUGCUGGAUGCUCGACUCUUCCCCAGGACAGCAUCUCUGAGGAACCCUGAGAUUCAGAAGGAGCUCUGGAAGAGUCCAGGUUCUGAAAAUCCACAAGGAAAUUCACAGGUCUAAUGGCCACCCCGGAGGGCAGGGGAAACUCCAGCUCCCAGAUGUCAGGCCAUGGGUGGCAGGAACAUGGAGCCUGCCUGGAGCAGAUGGACCACCCAGAGAGGUUGGAGGUGGAGGAGCAGAUGCCAGCCCAGAGUGUCAUGCGGAGGAAGGCACAGGAAUUCUUCCAGACAUGUGACUCCGAGGGCAAGGGCUUCAUCGCCAGGACGGACAUGCAGAGGCUACAUCAGGAGCUACCCCUAAGUCUGGAGGAGCUGGAGCACGUGUUUGAUGCCCUGGAUGCUGACGGCAAUGGCUUUCUUACCCCAGAGGAGUUCACCACUGGAUUCAGUCACUUCUUCUUCAGUCAAAAUACCCAAAGUGAGGAGGAAGCUGACAAGCAGAUGGAGAAGGUGUAUCAGUCUAGAGGUGAGGAUGUGGAAGGCAUGGACCACGAUGAGGAAGCACAGUUCCAGAUGCUGAUGGAUAGACUUGGAGCCCAGAAGGUUUUGGAAGAUGAAAGUGACGUCAGGCAACUGUGGCUGCAGCUGAAGAAGGAUGAACCUCAUCUGCUGGCCAACUUCGAAGACCUCCUCACCACGAUCUUUGCUCAGCUCCAAGAAGCCCAUGAGCAGAAGACUGAACUGGAGUAUACCCUCAGAAAGAAAAUCGCGGCUUAUGAUGAAGAAAUCCAGCAUCUCUAUGAGGAGAUGGAGCAGCAAAUCAAAAGUGAACGGGAGCAGUUCCUCCUGAAAGACACAGAGAGGUUCCAAGCCCGCAGUCGGGAGCUGGAAAAGAAGCUGAGUGCCAAGGAGCAGGAGCUGGAGCGUCUCAUCCAGAAGCAGAGCAGGCUGGAAGGCCAGUGCACAGCUCUCCACAAUGACAAACAUGAAACCAAGGCUGAGAACACCAAGCUGAGACUCACUAACCAGGAGCUGGCCCGUGAGUUGGAGCGCACCUCGCGAGAACUCCAGGAGGCGCAGCAGCAGCUGGAGAGCCUGCAGAGAGAGGCCUGUGAGCUGCAGCAGGAGAAAGAGAUGGAAGUGUACCGGGUGACCGAGAGUCUGCAGCGGGAGAAGUCAGGCCUCCUGAAGCAGCUGGAUUUCCUAAGGGAAAGGAACAAGCAUCUCCGGGAUGAAAGGGACAUAAGUUUUCAGAAAGAUAAGGCGGCCAAGGCAAACACAGCUGCUUCCAAGGCAAGCAGGAAGCAGAGAUCUGGCUCUGUGAUCGGCAAAUAUGUGGACGGCAGGGAAAUUCUCGGGAGCCAGUCAGUGGAGGAGGAUGAGGCCUUCGGCAUCCUGAGGAGGAGAAGCUCUCUGGGCCUGAAUGCCUAUCUCGCUGCAGAGGAGGAGUCUGGAACUGGGGAGCCAGGGACUGGGGUUCCACGACGUCAUGCACUCCGCAGAAUCAUCUCCAUUGAGGAAGACCCCCUGCCUCAGCUCCUGGAAGGUGGCUUUGAGAAGCCACUGAGCAAAUGCCCAGAAGAAGAGGAGGUCUUUGACCAGGGGGCAGAAGGGCAAAGCGUGACAGCCCCCGCCUUGGAACUCAUCCCUAUGUCUCCCCGAGGGCAGCCUGUCGGAAAAGAAGCCCUCUACAAGGAGGAAAACACUCCCUCUACCCCAGACCGGCUCUUCAAGAUCGUGUUUGUGGGAGACUCGGCUGUGGGGAAGACAUCCUUCCUGAGGAGGAUCUGUGAGGCCCGCUUCUCCCCAGGCAUGGCGGCCACCGUGGGCAUCGACUACCGAGUGAAGACGGUCACUGUGGACAAUGCACAGGUGGCUCUACAGCUGUGGGACACUGCUGGGCAGGAGAGGUAUCGCUGUGUCACUCAACAGUUCUUCAGAAAGGCCGACGGUGUGGUUGUUAUGUACGACCUCACAGCCAAGCAAUCCUUCCUGUCGAUCCGGCAGUGGCUGAGCAGCGUGGAGGAAGCUGUGGGAGACCGAAUUCCUGUUCUGCUGCUGGGCAAUAAACUUGACAAUGAGAAGGAGCGGGAAGUCCCCCGAGGCCUGGGAGAGCAACUUGCCAAGGAUAACAGUUUGAUCUUCUAUGAAUGCAGCGUCUGUUCCGGUCACAACACCAAAGAGUCCCUGCUCCACCUCGCCAGGUUACUCAAAGAGCAAGAGGACACAGUGAGGAAAGACACCAUUCAGGUUGGCCCCCCAGCCAAGAAGAAAUCCUGUUGUGGCUGACAGGAGGCCCUCCGCAGCCAUCCUAACUGUACCCAGGGUCACCUUCAGCCAUCAAUCCUCCAAAGGCCAAGGUCACAUGGCUACUUGAAGCAGCGCUUGGUCUCCUGUGUAGCAAUACCUGGCAAGGCCCACCCUGCCUUGUCCUUGUUGGUGACUUGCCUCCCCUAAUAGGAGGAAGCGCCUGCAGCCAAAAGGCUGUUUUUCUCUAUCUUAAAGAUCUCUUCUACACCCCAAUACCUACUCCUUCCCCACCCCCAAGGUGCUUUGUGAAGGAAAGGAGCAGAUGGGAUUUUCCAGAAAAGUCACCAUGUGCCUUUGACACCUCCCUUCUCCUUGCUGCAUGCCCUCAGGAGGCGCUGCACUGUGGUUGCCAUGGCAACUGUGCAGGGGCACCGUGAUGCUUCUUGAAGGCCAAAGAGGUGCCAUUUGGGUGAUCCUGAGGUAGACUGCUUUGCUUUGGUCUCUGUUCUCCAGAAACCAGAGAGCUGCUCUUGACACGCAUGUCAUGAACCUUGAGACAUUAGAGAGUCUGCUCCAGUUUCCAGGGCUCUCUCUCUGCUUCUUCCCGAGUUCCUGAACCACAGGCUUCACAACCUCUCCCAGCAGCCUCUACACCCACUGGAUCUGUGCUGUGGUCUCUGCAAUGUGCUUCCUGAAGAACCUCAAUCCUGACCCCAGGGUGAACGGCAGUGACAACUUCACACUUGGAGUCAAACAGCAGGCGUAUUCCUAUGCCUUCUUUGACAAAGAAGCCUAAUGAAAACCAAGAAACCUAAAGAAAACCGAAAGAGGAAGCCCUCUGUGGCCAAAGACGGUGGCAAUUUCUGGAGGGUCUGAAUAAGAUAUGUGUCGCUGCAUAAAAGGCAUUU